AUGCUGAUCCUGGACGAUUUCCAGGGCUCGUGUCUCGCGGAGAUGAUCUUCAGAUCCGACAUCCUGACUAUCGCGUGCACGCGCGAGUGGAUCGCCGUGGUGCUCGUGGACGAGGUCUACCUCUACGAUUUCAAUGUCCUCGCGACGCCACUGUAUCGGGCGCUCACGUUUCACAAUCCGACCGGUGCGAUCGCCAUCAACACCGACAGGAUCAUGGGCCACGUGCACGUCCGAGCGGGAGGCGGCGAGACCUCGUGGCGAGCCCACGACGAACCCAUCGCCCGCAUCGCCCUCGGCCACGUCGGGUUUUUCCUCCUUGCAACGGUGUCGGCACGCGGCACGAUCCUGCGAUUGUGGACCACCGAUGGCUAUCGGAUCGCCGAGUUCGACUGCGGAUCGCCCACCUACCUGACGAUCUCGCCCGAUUGUGAGUGGGUGCGUGCCACGUACGAGCACGGCGAUGUGCACGUCUUUCGUGUGUCGGACGGCACGACCGAGGGAGCUACCAGCUUUGCCACCGCCCACGAUCUCACGUCGGCCCGUUGUACGUUCGGCCCUGAUCGCACCGACACCGUCAUCGCAAUCCUCCCCGCAAGUCACGAACGCGUUUUGCUUCGUUUCGACGAGCUCUUUGGCGGCGAGUGCCUCAUGGAAUCACGUCAGCCCCUCGAACCCGAUCGUGCCAUGCGCCCGGCACUGACCAACUUGCCCUAA